AUGGGGGGGGGGGGGGCGCCGGCGCACGAGCGCGCGGUGGACGUGACGCUGACGCUGGCCGAUUUGGGGAUGGAUGCCGAGUGUUUGUGCGCGGGAUUGCUCAGAGAGGCCGUGGUGCACGGGACGGUGAGUCUAGAUGAGAUAGAGGAGACGUUGGGGGAGCGGGUGAUGCGAUUGGCGCACGACGUCGGACGCGUGCACGAUUUACCGAAACGCGUGCACUCGUACGAUGAAAACGCGGCGGAGCGCUUAAGGUCCUUCUAUCUGUCGUUUCAUGACGUGCGAGCAAUCGUUGUCGAACUGGCGUGUAGGUUGGACGCGCUGAGAAAUGCGGACGCGCUGAAACCGAUGGAGAGGACGACGGUGGCGUUGGAGACGAUGCAGAUUUACGCCCCGAUGGCGCACGCGUUGAAUACCGGCUCGCUGUGCGCGGAGCUCGAGGAUUUAGCGUUUAAGAUCUUGUUCCCGAACUCCUACGCCAGUUUAGAGAAGUGGCUCGCGGCGAAGAGCCCAGAGGACUCGGAAAUUCUUGACAAAAUGACAAAGAUGUUGGACGACGCCAUGCAAGCCGACCCGACGAUGAACGCUCUCAUCGGCAGAGGAGGGGUCAGGGUCCUGGCUCGACGUAAAUCGAGAUACUCGACGAUGAAGAAGAUCAUUCGAGAUGGUCGAGAUCGUGAGGAAGUGCACGAUUUACUCGGAAUGCGACUCGUUUUGACGCCGCAACCCGGGAGCGGGGCGGAGCCCCCCGUGGUGGGCACCGUGAACUCGGGAGACCUGACGUACGAGGAACUUGAAGCGAGAGCGCUCAAAGCCGCCAACGCGGCGUGCUACCGCGCGCAGCAGAUCAUUCACUCGAUGUUUCCUCCUGUGCAAGGACGAACGAAGGAUUACAUCUACAAUCCGAAACCAAACGGAUACUCCUCGUUGCACAGCACGCUCAAGGUUGCGUUCGACGAGCUUGGGAAACCAGUCUCUUCGAGAGAGGCGCUCAAGAAAGGCGCCAACGUAGAGUUGCAAAUUCGCACAGCCGCGAUGCACCUUGCCGCCGAGGCGGGUAAGGCGUCGCAUACGUCAUACAAGGGUGGCCUGAAGGAAGACGCGGGCAUGGCUGGGUAUCUCGCUGAGCUCGCCUCGGCGGCGAAUCACGCGGCUAAAGAAAAGUUUGGAGCCUUCACGCACGAUGAUUUGCGUAAACGCGACGAAAGCCACGAUAAGUUGUUCGAAGCGUUCGAUCUCAACGGCGAUGGUCGCGUCACGCUGAGUGAGUUGCGAACGGUCUUGGCAAGCAUCUGGGCGGGAGAGGAGCAGGAGGAAAUGCUCAACGAGGCGCAGGCGUUGAUGACGCUUCUCGACGUCGACCAAGAUGGCACGAUUGACUCCGUUGAAUUUGCAAAAUUCCGUGCGUCCGUUACGGCGAUCAGCGCGUUGCCGAAGGCCGACGCGGCGACUUUGGCGGCGAUCGAAGCUGUCGCGCGUGAGGUGACGGAGGAGGUGAUGGACGUCGAGACGAGUGAGAUUUCGGAAGUGAUCGACGUCGAUUCUAAGGAAUUGACGACGCGCGAGAAGAGUGUCGAUGAUGCUGAGCUCAUUGCUACCGUUCGCGACGCCGUGACGUCUAGCUACGAGUACACCGGUAAGGUUGACGGAGCGGGAAGAAAAGCCGCCAAAGCGAUGCAAGAUCCAGACUCUGGCAAGGUGGAGUGGCAACUGGUGUGGGACUUGAUGCGAACCGGCCGAGCCGAGACCGCGCGACAGCUGUUCUACCAGCGCACGACGAGGUCUCCCGGUCAAAUAGCGGUCUGGGAGCAGUGGGCACGUUUCGAGCUCCUGCAAGGCGAUCCGGAGCGCGCUCGCAGUCUGUACCGAGCAGCUCUGUUGCACUGUGAAGAUCGACCUCUCAUUCGAGCCGAAAUCCUGCGCAAGUGGGGCAUGAUGGAAAGCGCGUCAUCCGACGCUGGCUAUAAGACGUCUCACAUCGACUUGUUCACGCGCGCGAUUGCAGUGCUCUCCGAGGCCCAAGCCGCGGGACGCGUCGACGAAAAGGAGGCCAGAGCGGCGCAGGCGAAGACGUAUCAAGUUUGGGCACAAGGUUUGGCGCGCAAGGGUAACUUCGCCGAGGCGAAGAAACUACUCGACAAGGCGAACGAUAUCGACGAGGGUAAUGCAGCGGUUAUUCACGCUCAGGGUCAGAUUGAGGAGAUGCUUGGGAACGUCUCGGCGGCGGUAGCCGUCUACUCCUUCGGCUCCUCCUUACAUCCCAGAGACGCCUACCUACUCCAAUCUUGGGCUCGUCUUGAGGCAAAAACGGGCAAUUUGGAUGAUGCGCGCAUUCUUUACGAGCGAGGCGUGGCGGCGAAUCCCGAUAAUUACCGCAUAUCCCAGGCGUGGGCAGUGAGCGAGACGCAGCAUCCCGAUGGCGAAGCCGCCAUCGCGCGAGAGCAGUUUCAGCGCGCAAGCUCGCUCGCGCCCUGGUCCGUGCAGACGUGGGCGGCGUGGGGUCGUUUCGAGUUCUACUCCCAGGACAAUCCGCAAGCGGUCGAGACCGCGCACACGCUGUACGAGCGCGGCCUCGACGCCGAGCCGAGCAACAUCGUUUGCCUCCUUGGACUUGCCAAGUGCGAGAGCGCGGUUGGCCGCUUCGACACAGCGCGCAGAAUCCUUGCCCGCGCCGAGGCGAUGCAUCCAGAGAACGCGAGCGUGCAUUUUGAGCGAGCCAAGGUCGAGGAAGCGGCCGGCGCCCCCGCGAAGGCGGACUAUCACUUCCUCCAGGCGCGUCGCCUGAAAAAGGCGGCGAAGCGCUCCGAGGCGCCCUCGACGCGCGAGCGCGGGAAGCGAUCGACGUGGGAUCCCAUCGACGUCUUCGAGCGUCAAGAUCUCGCCUCGACCGCGAUGCUCUACACCCCCGACGUCGUCGUCGAGCGCGCCGAACCGACGAGCUCGACCGACGCCGACGUCGACGCCGACGCGCCCGCGCCCCCGCGCGCGCGCCGUCGCGCGCGUCGACGCCCCUCCGACGACACCCCGUGA